CUAAGAAGUAAGAAUUGAGUAAAUCAUUACUGGGAAUGUCGCACUUCAUGGGCCUCAGAGUAAAUCUAGUUAUUUUAUCAAUUAUUGUUGUUUUUAGUACCUGCGCAAAGAAUAAAAAUGUUGCAUCGCCUGAUAACCCCAUGGAAGGAGUAGGAACAUACAAACGCAGUUCAAUCAUCAAAACCAUAAAGACCAUCCAUGGUGACGUUUAUGAUUGUGUGGACAUAUAUAAACAACCGGGUAUGCACCAUCCAGCAAUGGCAACUGAUAGAAUUCGGAUGGUAAUCUCGCAGGAAGUGAAGAGGAGAAAGGAUCAAAGACGACGAUCGGAGGAGAUGGAUCAAAAUCGACGAUCGACGUCGGCGGCAGAAUUACUUUGGUUGAAUAAAAAGGGGUGUCCCAUUGGAAGUGUUCCUAUUCGCCGAAUGCUCAAGUCUAAUCACCGGAAAUCACGGCGAAAGGUUCAUCCACAUGAUUAUAACUUAGGUAGAAGAAAUUUCACAGAAUAUGCACCGCCAGGCCGUGUUGAUUUUACAGGACUUACGGUUACAAAUGCUCCAUCCGGGGGAUUUAGCGGUGCUAAAGCUACAAUGACUAUCUGGAAUCCCAAACUGAAGGGAGAUAACCAAUACAGUUCGGCUUCUAUUUAUAUAGAAAGAGGAGAUAAUCAAAUACGAGUGGGAUGGAUCGUAUACCCGGCAUUAUAUCAUGAUUCACGUACAAGAUUAUUUAGCAGAUGGACUAGUGACAACUAUGGAAAAACAGGAUGCUAUAUCAAUCACUGUCCAGGAUUUGUUAUAUUCUCAAACACCAUUCCCCUUGAUUAUGCUUAUCCCGACAUCUCAAAAUCUGAAGGAACUCAAUACGAUACCACUCUCACCGUAUUCAAGGGUACGGACGGUGAUUGGGUCCUAAAUUUUGAUGAUGAAGAUGAAAACCUUGGAAUGUGGACAAAAUCCAUAUUUUCCAGCAUGAGUGAAACUGCUGCUCAAUUGCGAUUUGGAGGUGAGAGUUUUGAAGCAGAAGGUGAGGUCUAUAGCCCGGAAAUGGGAAGCGGUGCAUUUGUGAAUGGACAAUAUGACAAAACCUGUUAUAUGCGGCGACUGUUUUACAUCGAUCCUGUGUACGGAGGCAAUGUUGUUGACGAUUCAAUGGUUCAAGCUCAAGACUCCAGAUGUUACUAUUGCGGUGAUAAUGGAUUUAAUUACAAAGACGAUUGGUAUGCAUACUCAUUUUUAUUUGGAGGCGGCGGCGGCAAAGAUAAUGUCGAUUGUUUCGACAAUUAAAUCUAUCUUGAGCUAUUGCACAAGAUAAUGACUACACCGCACUCACUAAUCCUUGUAAUACUCAUCCCACACAAUACACAAACCACAAACACUUUACUCUAUAAGAAUCUUAUUUAUUACGGGUACAAGAUAUUUCAUCAAUUUCAUAAUGAAGACCAUCCCAUUUCUGGAACUAGCUAGCUUAGGAUACAUAGAGUCCUAUAUCGUACACCCGGGUGUACGUACAUCCGGCCCAAUUAAUGAUAUUGACUGGUGGGCUGACAUCUUGUCCCAGCGAAUCGCGACCAUAGGGAACUGGAUUCCUUCACACAAAAAGUAAAAACCACAACAAGAAUCGAUCCCCAGACCUGUAGUAGCAUAUGCUAUCUUCCAACCAUCUCACCA